GAUUCGGUAUUUAAGUGAACACUGAUAGCAGGGAGUUUUCAAAUAUCGUCUGUAUUUCAUAUUAAGCUCAACACAAUAUGAAGGAAUGGUUAAGAAUUUCAUGUCUACUGUGCAUUUGUGGCUUCGCACGCGAAAUUCGCCCUUCGGAACUAUAUUUAACGCAAUAUUUGCUGACCGAUGGACGAAAUCUCACAAAUAAUAUGCUGAAUCGCGAAGUUUAUCCUGUGUGUACCUACUCCUACCUGGCGACACUGGUGUUGAUAUUUUUAGUUACAGACUUUUUGAGAUAUAAACCUUUGAUUGUUGUAAUGGGCGCUUGCGGCGUUACAUUUUCAAGCAUGUUAAUCUGGACCACUUCACUGACGGCAUUGCAAAUACUUGAGUUUUUCUAUGGCCUUUACUUGGCCUCUGAAGUGGCUUAUCACACGUAUAUAUACGCUAAAGUCGACAGAGCGUACUAUCCCAAGGUCACUGCGCACGCACGCGCCGCCAUGUUUCUGGGCAAGUUCGUCGCUGGCGGUUCCUCACAGAUCCUUAUUAAUUUCGAAAUUAUGACAUACAAGUCUCUCAACUAUAUAACGUGGAGUACCCAAAUCUUUACCACACUGUGGGCUUUGGCUUUACCAAGCGUCGAUAAAAGUUUGUAUUUCCAUCGCAAGAACACCAUACAGCCCACAUCGGCGGUUGGAUCAUCAACUAUGGAAUUGCAAGAAGCAAAAACAGUCGACCAACGAGGCAGCGAGACUGUGGCUUCGAACGCUGCAUUUAAAUUGAUCUGGUCACAUUUCUACAACGCCUACAGUAAUUUGAAAGUCGUACAAUGGAGUAUUUGGUAUGCAGUGAGCUUAUGUGGCUUUUUGCAAGUUAUUAUGUAUAUGCAAGUUUUAUGGAUUGAAAUUGAACCGGAUAUUGGUAUAGCUUGGAAUGGUGCCGUUGAUGCUGUAUUGACUGCAUUGGCGGCACUAAUGGCAUUGGCAGCUGGCUACAUACAUGCCGGCCGCUUGAAACCGCUUCAAAGUCUAUUGGUGUUGUCCAUAUUUGCAGCAUUAGAAGGUAGCGCUUUACUUAUAUGCUGCCGGACCACCAAUAUUUAUGUCUCCUACGCAGCAUAUAUAUUUUUUGGAGCGUUUUACGCCUUCAGUAUAACAGUUGCAAGCGCUGAAGUGGCACGUCACCUGGAAGAAGAAAGUUUCGGAUUAGUGUUUGGUGUAAACACAUUUGUGGCGCUCGUAAUUCAAACCUUGCUUACAAUUACCGUCGUCUCGAAUUCUGGUUUUAGUUUAGACACUAGAGGGCAAUACACUGUAUACGCCUUUUAUUUUAUUACAGUAAGCGGUAUUUUCUUCAUUGCAGUGGCUGUGGAAUACAUAAUUAAUAGAUGCAAUAAAAAUCGUACAAAUUUAGUAGCAUAGUAUUUUCUUAUAAUAAGUUACAUAUAUAACACUCACACAAACAAAUACAAAGUAAUUCAUCUACUACAUUACUAGGUGUUUUAUUUCGUACCCAACCCGAAAAAGAACGCCGGCUGCCUUAUAACUGGCAUUUAUUGUACAACACUGGUGCUAGUUGCCAGAAUACUCGUAUGAAGGGCAUUUAAGCUGCGAGCCGUUUAAUGAAAUUUUUUUUAAUUUUCGGCACAUACUGUGCGGUAUCUCAGCCAUAAUUUGAGCAAUGUUGGUUGUCAAGUGUUCAACUGUUAAAAGUUUAUCCGCAUAAACACGAUCUUUUACGUAACCCAACA